GACCACAGAGGGGAAAUGGUUUUCAGGGGCUUAUAGAUGUUUAUAUAGUAUCUCUACUCCUAAAAAUUGUGUAAGAGGGACGCCGGCGUCCGUCGUACGUCCGCCUGGUGCGUCCGUCGUCUCCCCCGUUUCGUUCAGCCUCGGGCGGUCGCAGAUCACUCGGCGAUCGAUCGGAGCCGCUCUCAGGGCCUCCCCCGACCCACCCGCACGCCCUCGCCCUUGCGACACCCUCCGCCGCGCUGCGAGAUCGCGACCCUGCCAACCCGCGACCCCCUCCUCUGCCGCGCCACCGGAUCUCCGCUCGCCGAUCGUGCCCUCGCCCUCGCCCAGCGCCGCCGCUCGCCGCAGCGCCCAACUCUGCCUCCCCGACGCGCGCGGGUCGCCGGAUCUCCGCGUGAGAUUAACAGCCCACCUCGCCGCUGCCCUGCCGUCUACGCGCCGGAUGAACAGGCGUGCGGGCGCGAGCCUCGGGCGGAUCGAGCCGGCGUCCUCGCUCCAUCGGCCUGCCUCUAUGCCAUCUGCACCCUCAGAUUUUGGUCGCCCUACAUGCAGAUCCUCCCCCUCCUCCCCGGCCUACGGGCGGGCAGGCGGCGAGGACGGAGUCCGCCGGCGUCACCGUCGCCAUCCGCGUGCCGCAGUUAAAGUUGGCUUAGGAUGAUUUGGUCGCGGGAGGCCAAUUCGGGUUGGUUGGUUUCUCUGCAGCAUCAGCAUCAGAUCCGGUGGUUGUGGCCCAGAUCUUCGUCCGCCCCGCCUCCCAAAAGAUCUUGGAGAACCCGGUCGUCAUCGCCUUUGGAAAGGUGCCCUGAUUCUUUCGUCUGCUCUGGAUUUUUCGUUCUUAUCCUGAUCCGGGUUCUGUGAUGCGAUUUCUGUUCUAGAAAGCUUGUUCAUGGAGAAUCUAUACUUGUUUUGUAGUGUUGGAUGACAGAUGCAUUUAUUUGGAUCUUGGCACCCAGUAGUUUGGACUGAUUGCAAUUUCUGACAAUCUUACUAUUCUGAACAUGUUCAGGUUUUUGAUAAUCUAUCUAUUCUGGACAUGUUCAGGUUCCGAUAAGCUUACUCUGAUCUUAGCAGUAUUGAUGUAUUGCAAUGUGCCAAUAUGAAAUUUAGCUAUAUCUGAAAUUGUUCAGGUUGUGGUAGUUAGAGAAAAUUACUCUUAUCAUAUCAGUCAAAUAUCCAAGCUCAAAGUUCCGCUAGGCGACGCCUUAGGCGCGCCUAGGCGCGACUAGGCGCUAGUCGAUGCCUGUCCGCCUGGCUUAGGGGGAAGGCGGAGGUCUAGGCGAGCGCGGCGCCUAGGCGACUCCAGGCGGCGAUUCGGCGCGCGGAGGCGCCCUAGGCGAGCGCAGAGGCGGUCGUCGUGGCCAGUCGCGCGAAAGUUUCCGCUCCCGCGGUGGGCGCGCGCGCAGACACCUUCGAGCGCGGGAAAAGAACCCCCGCGCGGGAAAAAUAAGACGGGGAGGAGGUCGCGCGUGCGCGGAAAGGAAGCCGCGGGCUCGGACAGCUGCUCACCUGCCUCGAAGCUCGAAGGUCGUCGUCACCACCGGUCGAGCUCGUCCACGCCUUCCUCAUCCUCCGCCAGGAGCUCCUCCCCGCCUCACCGCCGGUGCAUCCCUCCCGCCGCCGCCUGGAGCUCCUCCACGCCUCUCGCACCCCUCCCCGACGGCUGCUCCUGCUCCCCUCCCUCCUCCCCCAGUGGUAGCCCCAAGUGGCAAGGUGAGUCCCCUCCCCCAUCGGUUGCUCUGCUCCCCUCCCCUAUUGCUGUGCUCCCCUCCUCUGCUUUUGUAUAUUGAUGACUGUGACUGAAUCUGAAUCACUGUGUGACUGAAUCUGAAUGGUAUUACUGUGUGUGUGAUUUAAGUUGAAAUUGCAGUUCAGCUGAUUUAGUUGAGGCAUGUAGCAUGCUGAUUUACUGGAAGUCAUGAUGAUUCAUGAGUUCAGGCAUGCUGAUUUAGUUCAGCUUGUACUGAACUGAUUCUUUUUGUUUUUGUAUCACAGUGCACUGUCAAGUUUGACCAUUAGAUCAGAUUAUUCCCUAAAUCAUCUUGCUUUACUGUUCUAGGAGUUUGUAAAUGUAAUUCUAAAUGUGAUUGCAAUGUCAGCUUGAUUUAGGAUGUCGACAACAGAAAGUGAUGCAGCAGCUGGUGCACAUGCACCUGCAACUGAGACUGAAGGAGCUCAUCUCCUGAAAAGGAAUUCAGAUGAUGUGGGAUGGCAAUAUGGGAUUCUUGUUGAUCCUAACAACAAGGACAAGGUGAAGUGCAAGUUCUGUAACAAGGUGAUGCAAGGAGGGAUAUAUCGCUUGAAGCAGCAUGUUGCCCAUGAUGGGAAGAAUGCAACAAAAUGCCCAAAGAGCACAGAUGAAGCUAAAGAGAAGUGCCAGAAAUCACUAGAUGGUGCAAAAAGGAAGAGGGCAGACAAGGUGGUUCGUGAGCUUGAUCUUAGAGAGGAAGUGAAUGUAUCUCGGGUUGGAGAAGAGUCAGAGGAAGUCACCUGUGUUGGUAGUUCAGAGCCUCACAAAUUAGGGCCUAUGGACAAAUGGACAAAGGCUAUAGAUCCUAAAGCAAGCAGAAGUGAAUCUUUGCAGCAACAGAGGCUUAACAAGGAAUUGUGGAAAGAAAGAACACAUGAGGUGCACAAAUAUAUUGCAAGAUGGGUCUAUACUCAUGCAAUUUCAUUCAAUGCAUGUGACAAUGAUGAAUUCAAGCAGAUGUGUGAAGCAAUUGGCCAGUUUGGACCUGGACUUGAACCACCUACUCAGGAUUCUCUAAGAGAGAAAUUGCUAGAAGAAGAAUAUGCAAGAACCAAGAGCUUGCUGCAAGAACGUGAUGCCGAGAAGAUGAAGAAUGAGUGCUCUAUUAUGACUGAUGCUUGGAUAGAUAGGAAGCGGAGAAGCAUAAUGAAUCUGUGCACCAAUUGUGCUGAUGGAACAAGCUUUAUCAGCUCCAAAGAGAUGUCAGAUGUGUCACACACAAGUGAGGUCAUCUUUGAACUAGUGGACAAAGCAAUUGAAGACUUUGGUCCAGAAAAUGUUGUGCAAGUAGUGACAGAUAAUGCCUCUAACAACAUGGGAGCAAAGAAGCUACUGCUUGAGAAGAGACCAAAUAUUUUUUGGACCUCAUGUGCAACUCACACAAUUAAUCUGAUGCUCCAAGGAAUUGGCAAUCUUGCUCGGUUCAAGAAGGUGAUUGAGCAAGCAAAGGCAUUCACCAUAUUUGUCUAUGGGCACACUAGGACAUUGGAUUGCAUGAGGCAAUUCGCAGAGGGGAAAGAAAUAGUAAGGCCAGGAGUGACUAGGUUUGCUUCAACCUUUCUCACUUUGAAUAGCAUACUAGAGAAGAAGGACCAGCUAAGGAAGAUGGUGGUUCAUAGUAGGUGGGACUCAUUGAGGGAUGUGAAAUCGAAGAAAGGAAAAGAUGCCACAGCAAUUAUAUUGAAUCCAACCUUCUGGAAGGAUGUGAAGCUAACAGUGAGUGUUUUUGAGCCAUUGUUCAAGGUUCUCCGCUUGGUUGAUGGUGAUGUCAAGCCAUCCAUGGGUUUCGUUUAUGGAGAACUACUAAAGGCAAAUAGAGAGAUCAAGGAGACCUUGGGCAAUAAUGAGUCUCGGUACAAGGAGGUCAUUGCUGUUAUUGACAAGAAGAUGAAGGGAAGAUUUGAUUCUCCAUUGCAUUUGACAGCUUAUUUGCUGAAUCCACACUACAGUUAUGCUAGUCCAGCAAUCUUUGAUGAGCCCUCAAUAACAGAAGGAUUUAUUAGUUGUGUGGAGACCUAUUAUUAUCAUGAUGAGGAUAAGCAAGAUCAGGCUGCUCAUGUUGAUCUGAUAAAGUUUCAGAACAGGGAAAGACCAUUUAGCAAGAAGCUUGCAAGGACUUUCUAAAAUUUUGAUUACAACCCAGGUAGAGCAUCAUGGUGGCGGCUAUAUGGAACUGAAGUACCAGCCUUACAGAAGAUGGCAACAAGGAUCCUCUCUUUGACAUCAAGUGCCUCUGGUUGUGAAAGAAAUUGGAGCGGGUUUGAAGGAAUACACACUAAGAAGAGAAAUAGGCUUACUACAACACGUCUUAACAAGUUAGUCUACAUUCAAUUCAACUCCAAGCUGCUUAAUAAGAGAGAAAAAAUCAAGUCAAAGAAGAUCAGUGAUGUCCUCUUGUCUAAUGAUACAACUGAAGUUCAAGGCUUUCUGCAAGAGAAUGGAGAUGAAUGUGCAGUAGUUGUCUAUAGAGAUGAGGAGGAGGAAGAAGAGAUGGAAGGUACUGGGAUUCCUUGGUCUGUUCUUGGAGAUGCAGUGGGAGCAGAAGAACAACUUCAGCUGCGUAGGAGUGCUAGAGUGAGAGAGAUUUAUGAAGGAGAAGAGUUUGAAUCUGAGAAAGAAGAGUUUGAUGAAGAUGAGGAUGACUAUUUGGAACCUUAUUGAAGAAGGAAGAAUGGAAGAUGAAAUGGUAUAUUGGUAUGUCAGUAUGUGUGUCUCUGUCUUGAACUUGUGAACUGCUGGUGUGUGUGACUGUUUUUUUCCUUUUGUGAGAACUAUGCGGUGUCUGAACAAGACCUUUAUUUAUGCAUUGUGUUGUGCACUUGUAAUGCUUUCUUGUCCACUUGUCUGUGAUUCAAAUUUGCAAUUACUAGCUGCUGCUACUCUCCUUUGGUGUGUUCCUGGAAUGGAUGGGAGAUGGCUGGUAUUCAGAUAAGUAUCAACUUCCUAUUUAAGCCACCCAGGUAUGUCUACUACUCUCUCUUCUAUAUACAUUCAGCAGUAUAUGCUUCUAUAUAACUUAUUUAUUCAGCAUUUUCUGCUGUAUAUAAUAUAUAUAUAUAUAUAUGUUAUUUAGUAAAAUGGCAAAACGCCUAGAAACGCCUAGGCUGGCCUAGGCUAGCCUAGGCGCUAGGCUAGGGGUCAUCGCCUAGAGAGCGCCUAGCGCCUAGCUGAACUUUGUCCAAGCUAAAGGUUUUCUUCAUGGUGUUCUUCGAUCACAACCAUUUUCUUGGAUUUUGCAAUCAGUUCAGACUCUGAAAAAUGUUGCAUGUCUGAAUUCGCUCUGGUAGUCUGGUUUACUGUUAGCUAGAGACAUUACUCUGAUGGCAGUACUAUUGUUUUAGAAAAAAUCCAUUACACUAUUGUCUGUAUAUAUUCAAGAAUUGCUUCGACUAUGUCUGGUGACUACAUACAAAUUAUUUGCAUAGCAGCACGUUUUCACCAUCAAAUAGGGGUAUCAUAUGCUGGAAGUUUGUAUCACAGGGAUCUCUGGAUCAGGAGACGCUAUGAGCCCCAGAGGAUCAAAGAUCUUACACCCCUGUAUAUGUUGCUUUUUGAUAAACAUAAUAAUCUGAAUGUUUGCUAGGGAGGUUACUCAUAGCUUAUCUUUGUGGACUUCCUUUUUCUUUACACUUGAACUGUCGAACCAUAAUAUUGGUUGCUGGCAAGCUUUUACUACUUCCAUCUCGGUGUAACUGGUUUUGGUUUCUGAUGACAAAGAUAUGUGGGAUCAGUGUUUGGUUGAAACUCAAAACAAAGCUGAAUGGUUACCAUUUGAAAGCACAAACUGCAAAGAAAGGUAAUUCGAUACCAUUUGAUCUCUCUGGUUUGUAUCAACGAGUGCAGGCUGUUUGAUCUCUCUGGUUUUUAAAAAAAUGAAUGCCAUUGAAUAAAAAAGGAAUACAGAUCAUUUUUUUCAGACCUGAUGCUGAAUUUUUCAGCCUUUUGUUGAUCUGAUUUCACUAUAAGAUUUCAUGUCGUCAAUCACAAUGUUCCUGUUUUGUUCUACGUGAUUCCCACUCUGAGUUUAAUUAUAUCUUUGUACCUCAUGGAUUUUUAGGGGACAAAUGGUGAGAACUCAAUAAUUAGGAAGGGGACUGCAAAUAUUUCAGGAGACAAGCUAAUGGCUGACGACUCCAGCGAAUGAAGGGGAAAACACACUGAUGAUUUUAGGAAACAAGGGCUGAAUUUCCUUAUGAUCCUAUUCCAGAUUUUUAGGGGACAAAGGGUCAGAAUUAGGAAGGGGACUGCAUAGGUUUCAAGGAAAAGCUCACAACUCAAAAAUUAGAAAGGGGAAAUCACUGAAGACAAUAACCAAGCUGCUCAGUUAGUAUUGUUAUCUUAUUUGGGAAUAGUUAAUUUCACUUCCUUCUAGCCAUAGUUUAGGAUUUGGCAUUACUGCAGCAGAUACUUUCAUGGUUUACUGAUUGUGGUGGUGGAGAAAAAUUUAGGUAACAGGGGAAGGAAAGCAAAAGCCAAUGAUUAAUCAUUAGUAGGCUUGUUGGAUUACAGAAUAUCAAUUUUUUUGGUGAACAUGAGGUUAGUAUGUGUCCUUUGAACCUUCUUUCUAUCAUAGUUUGAUCUCUUUUUAUUUGAAGGGCUCAUGGGGUAAUGCGCUGACCAAGCAUGUUCAGUGCCAUGACCUCGAUGUUGUCCAGAUUCUCAUCACUUUGUCAACUUGAUCUGAAGAACUGCAGAGUUCUCUACAAGAGUAUUUGAUGAUCUGGUAAAGAUCUUCAUGAAUGUCUGAAUCUACAUAUUCAUAUGACACAUUGGGAACUAUAGGCUGCCUGUUGCCAGCUGCAACUGCAAGUAACGCAGCAUCCCCCUUCCUUUUCUUCUCAUUGAUUUCUUUAAUCUCAGCCAAUAGAAUGUAAUUUAAUAUGAGGAAGUAGUCUAAAAGCAGGUAGCUACCAAAGGAAGGAUAAUACGCAAUGAAAUAGAUUGUUUCAGCAUUAAUGCCUAGGAACAAUAGAACAUGUGCAUACCUUUUGCGCUCAGAUUCUUUGUAUCUUGUUGUUUGAAAUAGAAACUACAAUGGUCAAGAGACUUGUGAUAAUUUUUUGCAUAUAUUAAAGCCCAAAUUUUAUUAAAAUCUGACUGGCACAAGUGAUCUAGACAGUACACGUUUUCUGAAAUCAUAACCAUUGUUGUCUACUUGCUAAUUAAAAUGAUAUAGUUAAAUGUUGCUUCUUAUCUAACACCCGAACCAGUUGUUUAUUAUGGGCUGUAGCUACAACUGGAUUUAUUGGCUGUGCGCAUGCCUUUGCUGUUCUUGGCCCACUGGACUUUAAGCCCACCACGGCCAGAUGUUUGGUGGUUUGGGCGCCAAGUCCUUCACGGAGUUGCCCUCCGAAACUAAACGCGGGAUAUCAACCUUAUCUUUUGCCUACGAAAUUUUUAAGCGCGCCAAUUUCGUCCCUGUCGUUUCGUCGCGAUGCACAUGCCGGCGGCAGAGCCCUUGAUAUAUAAGCACAAGUCCCGCCUCCCCUUACGCGCGUGUAUUGUAUGAGAUCAGAGACGAGUGUUGCAACGAGUCUGCCGCAGUAGAAAAUGCCGACCAUGCUCAUCGUGUAGGCAAUCCCGGCGCCUUAGAGGAUCAAGAUCAGGGCAGGGGUAGGGUAAUCGCAUCACCACUCUGUCAGGUAGUAAUCGCGCCGCAAAUAGCUCAUAAACCUCAAGGUGAGGCGCCCUGCCUAUUUCAGGAGCAUCUUAAUUUGCAGAACCACUGUCAGAUGUGUUGUUGUCUCUGUUCAUCUUGAUCUUAUAUUUGUCGCCAGCCAUGGGAUCUUCAUACCAAAAUCUGUUGAGAAAAAGGGUGUACGCUCCUUCCACUCAGACAGUAUGGCACGAGCCAGAGCCAGAUAACAACAAAAUUAAUGAUUAAUUUCGUCUAUGCAAUUUGUUAAUAUCUGCUUCAUGUUUUCAUUUCUUCUUAUGUCACCAUCCGUUGCAGGUCGGUAAUGUUCCAUCAAAUUGAAAGGGCACACUUGUUAUCUCGCUGGGAUGUGGGUUGUGUGGUGUUCUGGAAAGGUAGCAUACUUAGUAAUUUUGGUGCCACAUAUUUGCGCCUAAUUUUAAUUGAUGAAGAGGUUUGUACAUGGAUUUAUUAUUUUUAUUAUGUUCGUGACAUGAUA